AUGGCGCCCGUUACGCGCAGGAAGCAAGCAGAGAUGGAGGCCAACUCAUCCAUAAUCGAAGAGUCUUCACCCGCGCCCAAGUCCUCGACACCCAGAGCCACGACGUCCAAGCGAGGUCAGAAGCUCGCCCUCCGGGGCAAAGAGGAAGGGAUGAGCCCGUCCAAGUCGGUAGCCAAAAAGGGCACCGUCACCAUGUUCGACGACGAAGAGAUGAACUUGCCCGCCUUGGUCGCCGAGAAGGCCGUUGCAGAACGCGCCGCGCCUGCCGACGUCGAGGAGAGCGAAGAGGACGAGGAGGACGAGAUUGACGACGAUGCGCCCGAGGCCGUCUCGACAACCAAGGCCGCAUCCGAGAUCAAGGCUGCCGCCAAGGCCACGCAAAAAGCCGCCCAAGAGCAAGCGACCGCGCAGAAGCGAAAGCGCCAGGAGCGCGACGCCCUCCUCAAAAAGCAGGCCGAGGAGCGCAAGAGGCUGGUGGCAGAGGCCCGUUCCAGCCCCGCCGGCCCUGCCUCUGACUCCGACGACCAGGCCGACAGCCCCGACGAAGAUGACGACGAGAAAGAGCAGGCGAGCGACCUCGCCACCGCCGCUCCCCGUCCAUUAGGCUCCAGCCGACGCGUCGGCCAACUCGCCGUGCCCGCCCUCCUCCCCGCCGAGCUCCUCACCGACUCAUCCUCCUCCGACGAAGACGACGACGACGACGCCGGCGGCGCCCCCGUCCGCUCCAAGCCCAAGCGGCGCAAGGUGGCCGCCGUCGAGCGCAGCCUCGCCCGCCUGGACCGGGCGCCGCAGGACGCGACCAUCGGCUCGACCGUGUACCAGGUGGCGCGCACGGCGGACGGGCGGCUGCCGCCCAAGGCGAAGCAGCUCUCCAAGAGCACCAAGGAGAUGCUGCUGAAGCGCAACAGGGCGCCGACGAAGCAGCGGCGGCAGGGCGCCGGCGGGUUCCUCGCCAAGAGAUAG